AUGUCAGACGAAGAUGAAACAACGCGUUUGAUGUCUCCAGAUGAGAUGGACUAUUUGUUGGAAACGACAGGGAUUAACGCCUUGGAAGGGAUAAUUAACCAAGAUGGCAUUGAGAGUUCUGGUGCUUACGUUGAUGCCGAUGAUAGUACACAAAUCAUUAGUCAUGAAUCUAUCAGGCAGAGUUCGCCCAGCGUUGCCAAGAGCAUUGACGGAGGAAAUGGACGGAGAAAGCUAUUUUGCCUAUACGGUCUUAUCAUGGUCAUAUGUAUGGCGGAAUCUAUAUGCAUGACUGCCAUAAUACCGCUAGUGAUGGAUAAAGUAGCCGAGGGAAUUGCAGAUGAAGAUGGACGUUUCGAUCCCGUUGCCGUGCAGAAAAUAGUAUCAAGUAUUUCUUCUUCUACCAUGAUGAUAGCGGGAGUGAUUGGUAUUUUCAUGGCUGGUAAAUGGGGGGGAUUAUCCGAUAGGAUAGGCAGAGUUCGUGUUUUCAAAUACAUGAGCGGUAUCAGAGUCAUCGGACUUGCAGCUCAAGUGUUUACUGUGUCGUCUAGAAUCGGGUACCAUAAAUGGGCUAUUAUUCUCACCGCCUGCAUCGUUCCAUCUCUCGGUGGGUUAUUUGCCCUAGUGGCAAAUGGAAAUAGUUAUGUCUCAGAUGUAGUGAAAACCGAACAUAGAAUGGUGACGAUAGGAAUAAUGAUGAGUUGUAUUUAUGCCACCAUGGGCGUAGGCCCGAUGUUUGGAUCUCUCCUAGUCAAGUGGACUCAUGGCAACGCAUUUGUUCCUAUCUACACAGCUAUACUAUUUGCCAUACUCGCACUCGUAAUGUGCGAGACAAUGAUGGUGGAACCUCGUCACGAAACUCAGUUGGCCCAUUCACAAUCAAAUUACACCAAGAGGAGGGAGAAACUAAGAUCUAAAUCAGGCUCUGAUGACACGCGAAACUAUCAGUCUGUUACUUAUGGUAAAUUUCAAAUAAUGAAACUGAUGGAACUACUGGCUCCGGUCAAGAAACUAUGGUUGAAGCCAGAUGCCACAGGUUCCUUAGUGCCGCGGCAUACCGUUAUAUUACUAAUUGUACUGGAUGUAUUAUUUGUUUGCGGUACCACGUCCUGUAUGCCGGCACUAGUUCUAUUUUCCACAUACGAGUACAAAUGGCAUGCUGUAGAACUAGGCUAUUUCAUAUCGAUAUUAGGUAUUGGAAGAGGUCUCGUUUUACUGAUCGUGUCGCCAACACUGUUAUAUGCAUUGAAACGGAUUUAUCAACACUUGGACCAUUCCAUAGAUAAGAUAGACAUCUUUUGUAUACGGUUUUCGAUGGUCGUCAUAGCGCUAAGUCUCCUUGUCAUGAUCCAAUUCGGCGAAAAAAGUUACGUAUCGUUAGUGGUUUUUGCCCUCUUACAAGCAUUGAGUGCAUUCUGUUCACCCACUCUACAGUCGGGUAUCAUCAAAUACACCUCCAAGAAACACACAGGCGAGAUGUUCGGAGCAAUGGCCCUAGUCAGGUCUUGCGUCAUGCUUGUUAUCCCACCCAUCUUGCUUAAGAUAUACGGCAGUACUGUCUCCGUUAACCCCGGCCUAUUCAUAUAUAUUCCGUUUCUGGCGAGCAUUGUUGCCAUCUUUCUGACAUUUUUCCUGAGGAUUUACAACGCCCCACCACUGACCUCACCCUAG